AUGCCAAUCAGUCUCACAGUUCCAGUUUAAUUUUUUUUUAAAUGUUAAACUGAAUGGAAAUACAUUCGACUGGGCUACCGAAAACCGGAUUCAGACUAUUGUUAUAGAGAUACGUUCAAAGACCAUUUUGGGAUUUGCAUACAUUCCAUUUUGUGAGAUAAGCGUUUAUAACCUAAUUAUACAACUGUGUGGAUAAGUAUGGUUUUCAUAAACAAUUUGUCGAUCUAAAACGAGAAGAGCGAAAUAAUGGAAUGUGAACACGGGUGGAAAUGCAUCUCCUGUAAUACUGAGUCGAUAAACUUGAUCCAAACGUUUAAAGACAAAUCUGUGUCCUGUAAUGACCCCAGUCUAAUAAAAACCACCGGGUACCGUCACUGUAAUUAUGUAAAUUGGUGAACUGCGUUCUCCAAUCUCGGUCUGAUCACGGUCGGAUCAUGUGCCAAUCGGUCCCUCUCUCCAGCUCUGAUAUCUGAAGAAGCAAGCCCAGUCACAUUAAUGUAUGAUCACAUUCGUGCACAUGAAUUCAUUUAAAUAACAAAAUUAUCCAAAUCAUUACCGGACAUUUGAGCAUGGUGUGCCGGGGUUUCUCGUUGUUCAGCACUUUAAAAAGUUGUCUAAACAACUCAAAUCUCCUAUUUUGAGUCUAUACUAGUUGUGAUUUUGGUCACAGUUUGAAUUAAAGGUUAACUCAAAAUUAAAACAACAGACCGGGAGCCACGAGGCACCAGCAACCACACACCAGGAGCAGCAGAAUCCUAAGCAGGAACACUACCCCUGUGUCUGGGUAGGACUUAACUCAAAAGGGGCCUCCAAAAAAAAUUAUGCCUCCAAUAGUUUAGAGUGGGUCCCAGCCACAGGCUCAUCAAAGGCCGGACUCCUAAAUCCCUGGGGAUGCUAGAGAAAAUGUUGACCAGCAGGGGGCAGCAAACUCACCACCAUGUUACAAUAUAACACCGAUGUAUCUCUUUUCAUCUACUACAUGAAAUACAUGAAUACUGUAAAAUUUACCGUGACUUGCUGGCAGUAAUUAGCUUAUAAGUUACUUUAAUACAUAUCGCAGAAUGCUUACUCCAAUUGUUAUUACAGAAAUAAUUUCAGUAAUGUAAUUGUUAUUACUGUAAAGAUACUGCGAAAUGUAGGUCUUGGGUUAUUAUCAUAUUUUAAAAUAUAUAAAUAUGUCUCAGUUGAUCUGUUCGGGUCGAGAUUUAUGCUCGCUGGUAUAAAUCCUAAACACAUUCUUAUUUUACCUAUAGGCCUAUAUAAAAUGUACGGACAUUUAUUUUAUUUAUUUAUUUAAAAAUGACUACUUCAAAUUAAUCUCACAACUUCAGUUUUCCGGAUACAGUGACUCGUUAAUACCAGUCCGCGCGAAACUAAAAAAAACCUGCCAUAACGGCAGUCCACUGACUUGACUGGUCGCGCGAGGUGCGCCGAAACCACCUCGACCUCAUUCCAGAGUGACGCUGUUAUAAGGUUGACAGGUCCGCAGUCACAGAGUUAGCGAAUGAGGAGAAUGGCAUCGGACUUUGGAUUCUGAAGAGCAACUGUUGAUUUCAGAGAUUCAGACAUGAGGGAUCGAAUGAGCAACCUGCAGGACGUGCCCGAAGAUGAUGAGCACGGGACGUCCGACGGGCAGGGGACCUCCAAAGGGGUCGGGGCGUCCAACGGGGUCGGGACCUCCAAAGGGGUCGGGGCGUCCAACGGGGUCGGGACGUCCAAAGGGGUCGAGGCAUCCAACGGUGUGGUACAGGCCCAGCCCAAGCCCACGUCCGAAACGUUCAGCACCGUGGACCUGGAGGACGUCCCCCAGCAGGCGGUGGUGUUCGACAACGACGGGACCCUGGACGGCGUCUUCGACGAGGCCCAGACCGUGCGGCGGGAGAUCCAGCUAAUCUCCCUGGACGUCGUCAAGCUGAAGGACCACAACGCGCGCAUGCUGACCGAGGUGGGCGACACGCCCGCCCUGAAGAAGGACUCCAACGCCAUCGCCGGGGAGAUCAAGGCGCGGGCCGAGGCCGUGCUGACGCGCCUGCAGAAGAUGGACGCCCGCGGCAAGGAGCUGGAGGCCAAGCACGGCGUCAACGCGGCGGUGGUGCGCGUGGCCCGCACGCAGUACAUGUGCCUGAGCAACAGCUUCCGCGACGUCAUGUUCGACUACAACGAGACCGAGAUGUCCUACAGGGAGAGCUGCAAGAACCGGCUGCAGCGGCAGCUGGAGAUCGUGGGCCGGGAGGUGACGGGCGAGGAGAUCGAGGAGAUGAUCGAGAGCGGCGAGUGGAACGUGUUCAGCGACAACGUCCUGACGGAGGGCAAGACCUCGCGCUCCGCCCUGGACCAGAUCGAGAGCCGCCACAAGGAGCUCCUGGACCUGGAGAGCCGCAUCCAGAGCAUCCACGAGCUCUUCCUGGACGUGGCCAUGCUGGUGGAGGAGCAGGGCCCCAUGAUGAACACCAUCCAGGCCAACAUCCACAGCACGGACGCGGACAUCCAGGAGUGCAUGGUCAAGCUGGAGAGGGCCAAGAGGUACGACAAGAACAACCCCUUCAAGAAGAUGUUCUGCGGCUGCUUCCCCUGCUACAAAUGAGCCGAUUGGCUUUUGCAAAAGACCGAAUUAAAUGAGCUUUUGCGUUGAGACUCACCAUUGCAGGCCAAAAUGCUUUGGCUUGUGACUUUUAAAGCUGUCUGACCAUCGACUGACAAAGGGAAAUAUAAAUGAUUUCUUACAAGUUUAAUUUUAGCUGCUCAGAGACAAAACUGAUUGCCACAAAAUUUUCAGUGAAAACCCUGUAAUCAUGAUUUAACCCAUACGCUACGCCAGAUGCUUGAAGUGAACAUCUGAUACAUGUCAACAUCUUAAAAUGAUGUCAUUGUGGUAUUGCAUAUUAAUUUUAAAUUAAUCAUUAUCAGUCCACAAAAAAAAGGCUACAGCAAUUCAUAGUUUUGUACCGAACUACCAAACUGUUAAGCCUGCUUUGAGAAGACUGUAUGUAAUUCACUAAAUAUUCACAAAUAUGAAAAACAGGAAUUAACAUACUAAUUCAUGAAUGACUUCAGUGAUAACCAGAGUUACAAUCUCAGUUUUUUCUCUCUCGCAAAAGCUUGUCUGAAUCUAAGAACAGUCUUUGAUCCAGAGGGUGAACUCUUUUGUAAAUGUAAACACAAGACACACCUGUUACUUUGCAGUCAUCUGAUCCAAAGUAUUUUUUUCUGUUACGACAUGUUUUCAGCAUUUUCUCCCACAGCUUCCUUUUGCUCAAAUCUGCCUAUUUCAAACAGAGUCGAAAGUUUGUCCGCGGACCAUGGACAAUACCAGUCAUUUUGCUCUGUUUCAACGGCGUAGGGUUUUUUUUUUGGGGUUUGCAGAGUUGACACAAACAGAACUAACAUGGAUGAGUGGCGAGGCUGUUUGGAGUUUUUCGAAAGACAUAGUCUGCCACCCAGAAGCUUCACUAUGUCAUUGCAACUUUUAGUGUGCGAGUUCCUGUCAUACCUGUUGCACAGCAUGUGACGUUUUCAGGGGACUAGAAAGCAUGUCAUGUGACACGAAACAGGAAGUUUACUGUGUGUUUAUCAUGUCUGGAAACUUCCAGAAUUGCGUGUUGGACACUAUAAUAAAGUGAAUGGUUGAAAUAUCCACACAAAAAUGUUUUGACACAAAUGUUUUUUUGUUUUUUCUUUGCUGUUCUUUGUAUCAAGUGUGAUUUAUUUUUUUUUAAAUUAAAAAUAGUACAUGAUGUUUGAAACUGGCUGGGGUGGGGUGGGGCAGGAGGGUUUUUAUCGGUUUCUUAAUUUUAUGGUUUAUGGCAAGAUAAACCUGAACUCCAGGAGUGAAGGUGUCCGCCCCUGGGGGAAAAGCAGGUCAGGUGGGCUAAUUUACUAAGCAAUUCCGCAAUUUUCGCGUUUCCAUUUCUAUACAUUGCAGGAGCACCCGUGAUGGUCCGCCCACAGUGGCCCAAUCACCCUGUCGAGGGAACAAUGGCCACUGUGAUGGUAACGCAGGUGCUAAACGGCCGUUUGCCUAACCUUGACGUGCUACUGGGAUGUAAAUGAGACUUCCCGAGACACCAGGAUCCACUGACCAGGCAAACCAGUCCCAGGGUGCUGGAACAUUUAAGGACAUUCAAAGUCCUCCGGCCAAUAUUCCUUACGUCAACAUCCGCCCAUCCCCAUUUCUUCUGAAAAUUCUGGGGUUCACGAAUCCUAAUGUUGCAAGAAUGACAGAACUUGUGCCAUGAACCGGAUGGAGACUUGCAAAUGAGUCAUUUCUUUUCUUGAAUCCGAUAUUUAAGUUAGGCAGUGACACUUAAUUUAUUUGUGUAUUUAGGUGUGUGUGCAGGUUGAAAAAUAACAUGAAUUAAAUAUUUGCACAAUAAAGAAUGCACUUAUCGAA